AUGUUGACAGGAGAUGAGAAAGAUGAGGAUGGCAAGCUAAGGACAGAAGAGGUGGAGCUGUGGAAACAACAUCCCAUGGAGUGUAUACGGGAGCUCAUGGGAAACUCUUGUUUUGCCCAGCAUAUGGAAUACACUCCUGAGUGGGUGUAUACAGAUGAGGACGGGCGGUCACGGGUGUAUAGUGAGAUGUCGAUGGCAGACUGGUGGUGGGCGACACAGAAACUCUUACCUAAAGGAGCCACCAUUGCUGUUGUCAUUCUUGCUACCGAUAAGACACAGCUUUCCAGAUUCAGUGGUGACAAGCAGGCAUGGCCGGUGUACCUGACCAUUGGGAAUAUUAAUAAAGACAUCAGACGAAAGCCUUCGGAGCAUGCAACAGUUUUGAUUGGGUACUUACCCAUUAGCAAACUUGAAUGUUUCAGCAAAAAAACCCGGUCAACGCAGUCAUACCAGCUCUUUCACACAUGCAUGUGCUCACUUCUGGACCCAUUGGUUGAGGCUGGAAAGAACAGUGUCAAGAUGCUUUGUGCAGAUGGGAAGAUGAGGAUGGUGUAUCCCCUUCUAGCUGCUUAUGUUGCAGAUUACCCGGAACAAUGCCUUGUCGGAUGUUGUAUGGAAAACCGUUGCCCGAAAUGCAUGUCGAAAUCAGAAUUGCUUGGUGAUCCUGUCCAUUCCGUCCUUCGAGACCCUGAAAAAACAAUCAGAAUCCUCAAGCAAACUUCAGACGGCCACAAACUGCAGGUGUUUACUGACCAAGGACUCUGUGCAGUCAAUCCCUUCUGGAGAAAUUUGCCUCACUGCAACAUCUUCAAUUGCUUCACCCCCGACAUUCUGCACCAGCUUCAUAAAGGUGUGUUCAAGGAUCAUGUUGUCAGCUGGUCAACAGAAGCAGUUGAUGCGGACAAGCCGAAGGAAGAACUCAACUUUCGCUUCAGGGCCAUGACAUGUCACCCUAGUUUGCACCAUUUUAAGAAGGGGAUAUCACUUGUGACACAGUGGACAGGAAAUGAGUAUAAGAAUAUGGAGAAGGUCUUCUUGUCAAACGAGGUCAUUGAGUGUGUGCAGUUGGUCCUUGAUUUCAUCUAUUAUGCGCACUUUGAGGAGCAUACAGAUGAGUCUUUGUCCAAAUUAGACGAAGCCUGGCAUACCUUUCAUGACAAGAAGGAAAUAUUCAUUGACCUAGACAUCCGACAACACUUUAACAUCCCAAAAGUCCACUCUACAAUGCACUACGCCUCAAUGAUACGGUCCCAUGGUACAGCUGAUGGUUUCAAUACUGAAGCCUCUGAACGUUUGCACAUCGAUUUCGCAAAGGUCGCAUACAACGCAUCAAAUAAGAAGGAUUAUGUCAAGCAGAUGACGACGUUCUUGGACUGGGCAGUAGAAGAAUGUGAUGAGCUGGAAAAUGAUGAGGUUGAGGGAGAAGAUGAAGAUGAAGACGACGUUGAAGCCAUGGGUACAGAAGCUGAGGCUGUGCUGGCCAGCCGGACCAAUAGCCCUGUGACCUCUGCUUCCACUGCCAACAACGAUGAAUCCUACGAGUCAGACAUCGUCAGAGUGGCUGACACUCUGCAAUAUGGGGAGUCUACCUACUCUGUGCCGAAAUUCCCUUCAUUCAAGAACAUCAAUCUGGAUACUUUGGACAAGAAAUAUGGUGUGACCGAGUUUGUUUAUGCCCUUGAAUCUUUCCUUCAUCGCCAUGGCAUGUAUCGCCCCGAUUUUUGGGAUGCAUGGCCAGCCAAGUACAAAGUCUUCAAACGAUGCCAGAUGUACAUACCACCAACACCAGAAGUUUCGAAGCUGGUGACGAUUGAUCCCAUUAGAGUGAGCCCAAUGGUGCCUGUGAGCAGUCGCAAUAAGGAGGUUCCUGCCCAGUUUGAUACAGUGCUUGCGUGGAAGGAAUUGCCCCAGGUUGGAACACAUCUGGACUUGCUAGGGAGUAAAGGACUUCACAUAGGCCAGGUUCGUGUGAUAUUUAACCUACCUGAACAACUCAGUAUCUUUCCUCAUCCCCUUGCUUAUAUUGAGUGGUUCACACCGCUUCAUAAGCUCGAUGAUUGUGUCAGAAUAUUUAAAGUCCAAUGCUCCACUCAUGGUAGUCAAUGGCUGAAGGCGUCUAUUAUCCCAGUGACAUAUAUAUCCCGGAGCUGCCAGCUCACUCCGUAUUUUGGCUGCUCAAUGGAUCAUACUUGGUCUUCUGAUAAUGUUCUCAAUGUAUGCCAAUCCUUUCAUGUCAACAGUUAUCUUCGACAUAUUGACUUUGUCCUUCUCCGUUACAAAUGUCAUGUUAGCUAA